AUGGCCGCCACCAAAGCCGUUCGCUCUCAGAGCCCCAAGCUUGAGAAGCCUGCCAAUGGCGCCAAUGGCGUCAAUGGCAAGGCCCCCGUCAAGCUUGAGUCGAGCUACAAAUCCGACGGUGUGGAGGACAACGAUAUUUUUCUCCUGCCCGUCUCCGACUAUCAGAUCAUGCUGGGCUUGACCUUUCUCGCCGCCAUCGUUCGCCUUUUCCGCAUCUAUCAGCCCACCAGCGUCGUCUUUGACGAAGUUCAUUUCGGUGGCUUCGCUUCGAAAUACAUCAAGGGGAAAUUCUUCAUGGAUGUUCACCCGCCCUUGGCCAAGAUGCUGAUUGCGCUGACCGGUUGGCUGGCUGGGUUUAACGGCGACUUCGACUUCAAGGAGAUUGGCAAGGACUACCUCGAGCCCGGUGUCCCUUACGUUGCUAUGCGCAUGUUCCCUGCUGUCUGUGGCAUCCUCCUGGCCCCUCUCAUGUUCCUCACUCUGAAGGCCACUGGAUGUCGCACCACAACAGCUCUGAUGGGCUCUGGUCUGAUCAUUUUCGAGAACGGUCUCCUUACGCAGGCCCGUCUUAUUCUCCUCGACUCCCCGCUCAUGGUUGCGACCGCCUUCACUGCUCUCUCAUUUCAGUCCUUCACCAACCAGCACGAGCAAGGCCCCGAGAAGGCCUUCCAGCUUAGCUGGUGGUUCUGGUUGCUGAUGACCGGUCUGGGCCUAGGAACAACGGUCAGCAUCAAGUGGGUUGGUUUGUUUACCAUCGCCUGGGUCGGAAGCUUGACCCUCAUUCAACUCUGGGUUCUCCUCGGAGACACCAGAAAUGUCACUCCGCGCGUUUGGGCCAAGCACUUUAUGGCUCGUGCCUUUGCCCUGGUCAUAAUCCCGCUGGGCUUCUACAUGGCCAUGUUCGCCAUCCACUUCCUCUGCCUGGUCAACCCGGGUGACGGUGACGGCUUCAUGAGUUCCGAGUUCCAGUCCACACUCAAUUCUAAAGGCAUGCAGGAUGUCGCAGCCGACGUCGCCUUUGGCAGCCGUGUCAGCAUCAGACAUGUCAACACUCAGGGAGGCUACCUGCACUCCCACCCGCUCAUGUAUCCCACCGGUAGCAAGCAGCAGCAAAUCACCCUUUACCCCCACAAGGACGAGAACAAUCUCUGGCUUCUCGAGAAUCAGACACAGCCCCUCGGAAUCAACGGCGAACAGAUCAACGGAACCCAGGCCUGGAAUAACCUUCCUGAGCCCGUCUUCAUCAAGGACGGCGAUGUCGUUCGCCUAUACCACAUGCCCACCUUCCGCCGCCUGCACUCUCAUGACGUCCGCCCCCCUGUGACGGAGGCUGACUGGCAAAACGAGGUUUCCGCUUACGGUUACGAGGGCUUCGAGGGUGACGCCAACGAUCUCUUCAAAAUUGAGAUCGUCAAGAAGAAGUCGCUCAGCUCUGUCUCCAAGGAACGCCUUCGCACCAUUGAGACCAAAUUCAGACUGGUUCACAUCAUGACUGGCUGCGUUCUCUUCUCUCACAAGGUCAAGCUCCCCGAGUGGGCUUCAGAGCAACAGGAGGUCACUUGCGCAAGAGGAGGCACGCUCCCUAACAGUCUGUGGUAUGUCGAGUACAACGAGCACCCCCAGUUGACUGGCGACAACGUUGAGAAAGUGAACUACCGUAAUCCGGGCUUCUUCGGCAAAUUUUGGGAACUUCAGAAGGUCAUGUGGAAGACCAAUGCCGGUUUGGUCGAAUCCCACGCCUGGGACUCUCGUCCCAGCGCGUGGCCGAUUCUCAAGCGUGGUAUCAACUUCUGGGGCAGGGACAAUCGUCAGAUCUAUCUGCUGGGCAACCCCAUCGUGUGGUGGAGCUCUACCCUCGCCGUCGUUGUCUAUGUUCUCUUCAAGGGCAUUGCAACUCUUCGCUGGCAACGCAACUGCAACGACUACUCCAACACCACCUUCAAGCGGUUUGACUACGAGAUAGGCACUGCUGUGCUAGGCUGGGCCUUCCACUACUUCCCCUUCUACCUGAUGGACCGUCAGCUCUUCCUCCAUCACUACUUCCCGGCUCUUUACUUCGCUGUCAUGGCAUUCUGCUCGACCUUUGACUUUGCGACUGCUCGAAUCUCGCUUGGUGGCAUCCGCAACAACCCCAUUGUCAACCGCGUUAGCGCUGUCGCCUUUUUGGUUCUCACGGCUGUCGUUUUCGUUCUGUUCUCCCCCCUGGCCUACGGUAACCCUUGGACUAAAGCUGAGUGCAACCGUGUCAAGGUCCUCAGCUCGUGGGAUUUUGACUGCAACACCUUCCAUGAUAACUACUCUCAGUAUACGCCACUGCUCACCCAUAAAUCCUCUGUCUCUGGUGCCACUCCAACACCCGCAAAGUCCGAGGCUCCCGCCGCCCCUAUCGGUGGACAAGCGGGUCAGAUUCCCAUCGGUGAUGCCUUGAACGAGCAGCCGAAAGAGGCCGCCAUCUCUGGGGUCCCGAUUCAGAACGUGCUCUCCCGUGAGGAGAAGGUCGAGUAUCGGGACCAGGACGGUAACCUCCUCGACGAAGAGCAGGUCAAGGCCUUGGAGGGCAAGGUCGAAUUCAAGACAAAAUAUGAGACGCGGACACGCGUCGUCGACGCCAGCGGAAACGAAGUACAGAUUCCCGAGGGCGGUUGGCCGCAAGAGCAAGGCGGCAACGUUGCCCCGCCUCAUCCUGAUGUUCAGGGAGUGGAUCCUGAGACCAAGGCCAAGGCCGAAGACUCAGCCGUUCCCAAGGUCGCUGAGAGCGUCCAGGGUCAAAAGGAGGCCGAACAGAAGAAGGCUAAGCCUGCAAGCGACGGCGGCAAGGAGGCUACUGCUCAGGAAGAGCUUUGA